AUGACGGAAUCGACCGCUUUCCAGGGACUCACCCAGCACUUGGCGAAAUCAAACUACGUCUUUGUAUGUCCCUCGCCAGAAACUCAAGGCAGAGUAGUCCAAAAAAGACGCUCGAAUGUCUCGACAGAAGAUGCGCAGACUGCAUCAGAUUUCUUUGGGUGGAAUUUAUCAUGCACAAGAGAAACACUGAAAAACAUAAUACCCGAUGCAAUUUUCGAGCAACUAUGCAAAGCCUCAGCCAUUGUUGACAACAACAACAAAACCUACCGCUCCACCAUCCGCGUGUCAAACUUCUACCUACCUGACCCCCUAAACCACGACUCGGACACUACCUCGCUCUACUACAUCCACUCUUCUUUCCCCGCCUCCUCAGAUUCCGUAUUCUUCGGCCCGGAUACAUAUCUCUUUAUCUCGUUCCUGCAGACCGUACCGCGGCAUCUCCCGCAAGCGCCAAGCUCGGUCAUCGAUGUAUGCUGCGGAUCUGGCGCCGGGGCGAUCCACAUGGCACGAACGUACCCGCAGGCCAAGGUGUUGGGUCUGGAUCUGAAUCCUCAAGCACUCAGCUUGGGCAGUGUCAAUGCGCAACUGGCAGGAGUGCAGGUUGAUUUCUCCGAGUCAAAUCUCUAUGCUGCUUUGCCCGAGGAGAUAAAGGGAAGAGGUGUUGAUCUCAUUGUGAGUAAUCCGCCGUACAUCGCUUCUAGCGUCGAUGGCAAGGACUUGCCUAUAUAUGCAGAUGGUGGCGCGGGGUUUGGUCUAGACAUCUCGAUUCGUAUUGUGGAGGAAGGUAUCAAACUUUUGAGUUCGAACGGAAUCAUCGUUGUAUAUACCGGCGUCGCGAUACCGACCGCCGACCCUGGACACGACGCUUUCCUGGAAAAGCUGAAACAAGUAGGAGAUGGGGAACUUGCCGAGUAUACGAUUUUGCAUCCGGAUAUGUGGCCUGAGGAGAUUGGAAAGGGCGCGUAUGCAGAUGUGUGUAGGAUACAGAUCGUGGGUGCUGUGCUGCGGAGGAACGUGAAGAGUAAAGAGGAAACCAAAGCUGCGGCUCGCAGGCAAUGGGCAGUAUAA